AUGCGAUCAAAACAGGUUAAUCCUGUGUCCAAAACGAAAAAAUACAGACUGUAUUCUCCCACAGCUUUGACAAACGCCUACAAAAUGGUAAAGGAACACAAAAUGUCGGUUAAAAAAGCAUCGAGAAUGUUUCAUGUGCCUGAUACAACUCUCAGGGAUAGAGUUCUACAGAAGGUAGAUCCAGAAACUGCCGUUUUUGGAAAAAGUCCUGUGCUGGAGUGCUUUGAAGAAGCAAAUCUUGUUAGACAUUUUAAGACAAUGGCAGCUUAUGGGUAUGGAUACACUAGACAGGAAUGUGUUGAUAUUGCGUCUGAUUAUGCUGUGCAUCUUGGCAAAAGAACAAUGGACAAGCCAUUUACAAUGAAGUGGAUGAGGGGAUUUCUCAAAAGAUGGCCUGAGCUCAAAGUCUUAAAGCCAAGGGGACUUGAACAUGUGCGAGCAAAGAUGGCAUCCAAAGAGACAGUUGCUGAGUAUUUCAAGAAUCUUGCAAACACUAUCUCAACAUAUAACAUGCAUGACAAGCCGCAUCUCAUUUAUAACAUAGAUGAAAAGGGCAUAUCCAUUGAUCAUAAACCACCAUCAGUUGUAAGUGAUUCCACAUACUGCCCACAGGCUGUAACUUCUGGUCGGGGGAAAACUAUUACUAUUCUCGGAGGAAGUGCCAGUGGAGUUACCAUACCACCAUUUUUUAUUUUCCCCGGGAAGCAGAUGAGACCAGAAUUAUUAAAUGGGGCAUCUCCAGGAACUAAUGGGACUAUGAGUGAAACAGGUUGGUCAAAUGGUGUUAUAUUCCGUGAAUAUUUAGAAAACCAGUUCUUGAAGUUUGUACCUCGGAGAGACAAUGAAAAGGUUCUUCUACUUUUGGAUGGACACCGCUCCCAUGUUUCUGUUAAUCUGGUAGAAUGGGCAAAACAGCAGGGCAUCAUCAUCUUCAUUUUACCUGCACAUACCAGUCACAUCUUGCAGCCCAUGGAUGUCUCCUGCUAUGGUCCCUUAGAGAAAAUAUACAACAACCUGUGCCACAAAUUGAUGAGGGAGUCCUCUGCUAACAUUACCAGAUAUAAUGUAUGUGAUGUUGCUGGCAAAGCAUACACUAGAGCACUUUGUCCAGAAAAUAUUCAGUCUGGAUUCAGAAAAACAGGUAUCUCCCCCUGUGAAUUCUGA